GGGGCGCGCUCCUCCCCCUCGCGGGCGGCCGGGCAGGCGGCGCCGACCCCCCGCGCGUCGCACAUGGAGCGCUGGACCGUGCCGGCGGCCGCGGGCAGCGGCGCUUCAGUGGCGCGCUCAGCCGGCCCCUCCCGCUCCUGUGCGCUGCUCCUCCGGCUCCGCGUGCGCGGUCACCAUGGCGUCCAGUGAGGAGGACGGCACCAACGGCGCCUCCGAGGCCAGCGACGAGAAGGAAGCCACCGGCAAGCGGAGACGCCUAGGCUUCCUGGCCACCGCCUGGCUCACCUUCUACAAUAUCGCCAUGACCGCCGGGUGGUUGGUUCUAGCUAUUGCAAUGGUACGCUUUUAUAUGGAAAAAGGAACACACAGAGGUUUAUAUAAAAGCAUUCAGAAGACACUUAAAUUUUUCCAAACAUUUGCUUUGCUUGAGGUAGUCCACUGUCUGAUUGGAAUCGUACCCACUUCUGUGCUUGUGACUGGGGUCCAAGUGAGUUCACGAAUCUUCAUGAUACAAUUUUUUUAUCAUCUUAUAUCCCGUUGGAGUUGCUGGAGAGCUUCUCACGAUAUACGCUGCCUUGCCUUACGUAAAGAAAUCAGGGAUGUUUUCAGUAAGGCUUCCUAACAAGUACAACGUCUCUUUCGACUACUACUAUUUUCUUCUCAUAACCAUGGCCUCGUAUAUACCGCGUAAGUACGGACUUACAUGUACUUCGAUUUAAUGCAUAACAUGCACGUGUUUGGAACAGCAAGCUAAGCUAAUUUAAAAAGUGAGGGGAAUGGAGAAUAAUUUCUCCCAAAUACAUUAGCAUGCUUAUGUGUUUGGAAUAAUGGAAGGGAAGUGAGUUAGUUCUUUCUUUCUUUCUUUCUUUCUUUCUUUCUUUCUUUCUUUCUUUCUUUCUUCUUUCCUGAUUAUGUGAAAAGGUAAGUAAAUUAAUAUCCAAGUGAUUGCUCUCUUAAAAAUAAUUUAAAUGAGCUCUGUAUGGUUAAAAGAAAAAAAAACUAAAUCAUUUCAAAAGCGUGCAUCUGUAGGACUAUUAACGAGGACUCUAGCUCUGUCUGAAUCAUAAGCAUUCUAUCAAGAAGACGUGAGAUCUUUUCUACCCGUUGGCAUACUGGGGAUUUAAUACAAAUGCUCUCUAGGCUUUUUUGUGUUGUUUCAUGGACUUGACAGGAAUACAGAUUUUUUUUUUCUUAAAAAGUAUUUUGAAUAAUUGAGCCUUUCCUCUAACUUCUCACCAUCUUUCAACAGUUUCAAUGAGUUCACGAGACUUUGUUCUCUUCUCGAUAGAUUUUUAUGUCUUUUUUUUCUUUUUGGAAAUCAGUAGCAGCAAAUAAAAGAAGGAAACAUGAUUUGUUCACCUUCUCAGUAAAAUAAAGGGAGGAUGUCUGUGGGAAGUAGAUGGAGAUGUGAGAAAGUCAGAGAGCCUGAAUUCGAUGUGGCCAGGUGAGAAGGGCCUCUUGUGUCACAGGGCUGUGCAUAGGAUUUGGCCAGUCUGUGAGAGCCCUGACCCUGGAGCUUUUCUAAAACCAAAAUAGACAGAGUUCAGAGGAUGCAUCUCCUUGUCCUUUACCACUUCGGCCUGAUUGACCACCCAGCCCGUGCUGUAAGCGAAGGAAGAUGGACAGACGCCGUGUGUCACACCCCUUGCUUUUUAAGAGUCUCAAGGUGGGGACAGAAUGCCGCAAAUAGAAUCAGGGCUCAUAAAGACUGCUUGCGGUCACAGGGGUGACCGGUCCUGUGGUCACCUCUCUUGUGACCUCUGAAGUUAGUCCAUAGAAACCAAGACCCUUAGAGAAUGUAGCUUGAGGCUUCAAACCUCUAGCCUGCUUGUCAGGUGUCCUGGGAGAUGUUAAUCUGACCUCUGACCUCUGCCAGUGGCAACUUCCUAGCUCACUGUCCCUGCGGCCACUGAGGUUUCUCUUGCCCCAGAUCGGUCUGUCAGAGACUUGUGUUUGUUUCCACAUCCUUACUGAUAUUGCUAGAUACAACAGCUGGUUUUACUUGGAUAAUCAACAACAGUAGCAUUUGAAUACUUAAUUUCAGUACUGAGAAUUUGCAUCUCUCACUCAACCAUGAGGGCAUUCCACAUGGGAGAAUUCCAGCGAACACUGAAGUACCCAGGAUGCAGUGCCUUCUGUUAAACUACUCAGGGUUUUAUAGGAGAACUCACUGUAAUUGCUUGGUUUGCUUUAAACGUACAUGACCUGCAUGUUUUCACCUGUAGAUAUAAUAUGACUCAAUUUAUCAGUAUGGGAAGUGCAUAAUAAAAACAAGAAACCCUGUCUACAUUCUUGUCCUGUUUGAACUAAAUUUUAAAAAUAGUUUUUGAAAACAACACACACACACACACACACACACACACACACACACACACACACACACAGGCCAAAGAUGCUUGAAGAAGAUAUUGAAAGUUUCUGUGAUUAAUUUCUCUAGUGUGGUUAUUCAGGGAUGGCCUUAUAUUCGGAGGUUAUAGCUGGUUCAUACUUGCUCAGACACCAGCCUUUAUGACGUGACUGAAAGUCUUUCUUCCGGUUCAUUUCACACUGGUUCAGACUUUCCUCCAAAUCUGCUGCACGGAUAGUCGUAUAUCCAGCCGGUACGAUCUGUACACACACAUCUGUGUGAUCCAUGACAGAAGCCCACAGGCCCAGCUGUGGGGACUGUCUGAUGAGGACUCUGUUCUGGCUGCCCCUUAGACACCACAUCUGAGACUAUGGCCCAGGUCCUGUCCUGCUCCAAGGGUUAAUCUCAGCAUUAACGCGUGAUGUUCCGAGAGCAUGUGCAGCUGUUCAGUGGGUAUGGAUGAGGGCUGGAUACAGCUGGGACAUUUACAUGUAUGUGCAUGCAGAUGUUCAUGGAGCUAGGUACAGUUAACAAAACAGAUAAAAGUAGACAGUGUAGUGUGGUCUGCUGUCCUUGGUUCUGAUUUAUUUCUGUGUUACUGAUGUGUAAAAAUAAACACGAUCAUCCAGCUCUGGAUGGAAACUGUGUUUAUCGGGGCAUAUGAACUUGCUAUGACAGACACACUCCCAGCAGUUUAUGUGCUACAUAGCGCAUGGCCUCUAGUUUUGCUCUUAGCUCCUGCUCCAUAAGCAUCAGUGGGUUGUGCAUGUAGUAGCUCUAUAUGUGUGUAGUAGCUCUAUAUGUGUGUCAGAGUUCUGUGUGUGUAGUAGUUCUCUAUGUGUGUAGUAGUUCUCUAUGCGUGUAGUACUGUAUGUGUGUAGUUCUAUAUGUGCAUAGUAGUUCCAUAUGUGUGUAGUAGUUCUAUAUGUGUGUCUAGUUCUCUAUGUGUGUGUAGUAUUUCUCUAUGUGUGUAGUAGUUCUCUAUGUGUAUAGUAGUUCUAUAUGUAUGUAAUAGUUCUAUAUGUGCAUAGUAGUUCUAUAUGUGUGUAGUAGUUCUCUAUAUGUGUAGUAGUUCCCUGUGUUUAGUAGUUCUCUAUAUGUGUAGUAGUUCUCUAUGUGUGUAGUAGUUCUCUAUGUGUGUAGUAGUUCUCUAUGUGUGUAGUAGUUCUCUAUGUGUGUAGUAGUUCUCUAUGUGUGUAGUAGUUCUUUAUAUGUGUAGUAGUUCUCUAUGUGUAUAGUAGUUCUCUAUGUGUGUAAUAGUUCUCUAUGUGCAUAGUAGUUCUCUAUGUGUGUAGUAGUUCUCUAUGUGUGUAGUAGUUCUCUAUGUGUGUAGUAGUUCUCUAUGUGUGUAGUAGUUCUCUAUGUGUGUAGUAGUUCUUUAUAUGUGUAGUAGUUCUCUAUGUGUAUAGUAGUUCUCUAUGUGUGUAAUAGUUCUCUAUGUGCAUAGUAGUUCUCUAUGUGUGUAGUAGUUCUCUAUGUGUGUAGUAGUUCUCUAUGUGUGUAGUAGUUCUCUAUGUGUGUAGUAGUUCUCUAUGUGUGUAGUAGUUCUUUAUAUGUGUAGUAGUUCUCUAUGUGUAUAGUAGUUCUCUAUGUGUGUAAUAGUUCUCUAUGUGCAUAGUAGUUCUAUAUGUGUGUAGUAGUUCUCUAUGUAUGUAGUAGUUCUCUAUGUGUAUAGUAGUUCUAUAUGUGUGUAAUAGUUCUAUAUGUGUGUAGUAGUUCUAUGUGUGUGUAGUAGUUCUCUAUAUGUGUAGUAGUUCUCUAUGUGCGUAGUAGUUCUGUAUGUGUGUAGUAGUUCUCUAUGUGUGUAGUUCUAUAUGUGCAUAGUAGUUCUCUAUGUGUGUAGUAGUUCUCUAUGUGUGUAGUUGGUUAUAUAUGUGCGUAGUAGUUCUAUAUGUGUGUAGUAGUUCUCUAUGUGUGUAGUUCUAUAUGUGCAUGGUAGUUCUAAUGUGUGUAGUAGUUCUAUAUAAAGCGCAGAGCUCUUUCAUUUAACAGGUUUCAAGCAGAGUUUAAAGCAAUGGCUUAUCUCUGUUUUCUUUUUCUUUUUUCCAAUGAAGUGUUUCCUCAGCUCUAUUUUCAUAUGUUACGUCAAAGAAGAAAGGUGCUUCAUGGCGAGGUGAUCGUAGAGAAGGACGAUUAAAUGGUCCCUACAAACAAGGUGCUUUUUUCAGAAAAACCGGAUUACUUGAGUCCAAGUUUUAAUAAUAAGAAUAAACAACUUCAUGAAAUACCA